AAAAGAUGGAAAACUGUAUAGAAGCCCCUAUAGAUGAUGUGAUAAAAUGGACCGCACUGUUUCAAAUCUUCCAGGAAUUCCAGAUCCAAUGGCCUUCAGACGCUCUGAAGAUGACAAUGCAAAUCGUCACCAACAUGCCGGACAGCAUCUUGACGAUAUCAGCCAUGCUCACGAGAGUGCUGUGCGUGCACAUCGACAGUCGCAUAUGAUGGUUAACGAUCCAUAUACUCUCCCACCCAACGGCCAUUCACCUCCUCCCAAACGUAUCGCGCAGAAAAGAUCCUUACUCCGAAACCGCAUUGGUAACUUCAAAUGGAACUGGUUUGCGUGUACGAUGUCAACUGGCGGUCUUGCAAUCGCCAUAUCUGAAUCACCCAAGGUCUUCAGCGGCAUGAAGACAAUCGGGAAGAUUUUUAUGAUCCUCGACAUUGUGCUAUUCAUAACCUUCACCUGCUGUAUCAGUACCCGCUUCAUACUCGAACCAAAAGCUUUCAAGCGCUCCCUUUCGGAUCCAACGGAAGCCUGGUUUUUUGGCUGCUGGUUCCUUUCGCAAGCGACCAUCAUCGGUAACAUUGAACAAUAUGGCAUACCUGCUUCAGGUCCGUGGCUAGUCAAGGCACAAGAGAUCCUCCUCUGGUGCUAUGUCGCUUUCACGAUCCCUCUUGGCAUCGGUCUGUUCGCAUACCACUUCGCAACGAACAAGAUCACGCUGGAUAAGAUCCAGCCAAGCAUGGCGUUGGGAAUCUAUCCGACUAUGCUCGCCGGUACACUCGCAUCUCUGAUUGCAUUAAAACAGCCGCCUAGUUCGGCACUCCCGAUCAUCAUCGGUGGCAUCGCUUUCCAGGGGCUGGGGUUCAUGAUCUCGUACUUGAUCUUCGCGAUCUUCAUAUAUCGUUGCUUUGCAAUCGGGCUACCAGCGCCACAGACGCGUGUUGGCAUGUUCAUCAUGGUCGGUUCACCCGGCUAUACGGCGGCGGCGCUACAGGGACUGGGAAACGCGGCGGCCAUGAAGUUUCCAGUUGGGUACAUGGGGACGAUGAUAUCUGCGGGUGAGGUUCUGAAAGUAGUGGCGACAGCAGUAAACGCGUGGCUUUGGCUAUUGUCUUUGACAUUCUUUGGCUGGUCGGUUGUAGGGGUUGGCUUUGGGCUGAAGGAGAUGCGAUUCGAUGUGACAUGGUGGGCGGUCGUGUUUCCAAAUGUUGGAUGGACGAUCGCGACAGCCUUGCUAGGGAAAUCACUAGAUAGUCAAGGUAUUCAAUGGGUUAGUUGUGGGAUGAUUGUUAUACUGGUCGUGUGCUGGAUUAUCGUUGCGUAUUCUAAUGUCAAAGCGAUAGCAGGAGGACAGUGUCCUCCGCCCUAAAUGAUG